ACAACUGAACUAUAAAACUUAAGACUUCAGAAAAAGUUAAUAGUGCUUCAAAUUCAAUGAAGAUGGUUCCUUAUUUUUUCUGAAGAAAGGCAUUCCAUUUGAUCGUGACGAUGUCUGCAGACACUGAUGAACAGUGUGGGCUUGGUUGUUUCAGACCCGCCUUCCUACAGCGCUGCGCGAGGGUCGGGGUUUUUGUAGCACUCUAUAGCCCAGUACAUCUCUGUACCUCUGCCAUUACCGUCUACAUGUCGUCCCAAAUCACCACCCUGGAGAAACAGUUUGGCUUCAAUAGCACUCAGAGCGGAUUCCUCAUGAGCUGUAACGACAUCGGUUUUCUACUUAUAACGAUCUUCGUCGCCCAUCUUGCAAGAAAUGUGCACAUUCCCAGAUCCCUUUUCUUUUCCACAUUUUUAUUCGGGCUCUCCGGGAUCUUUUGCUCUCUAGCAUAUUUCCUCGCACCUGACAAUCAUAAAGAACAAAAUCUUGGUUCCAAUUCUUCCUCUGAGAAGACUGAUUUGUUUCAAAAUUUUCACCAUCAGCUGUGCUCCCAAUUGAACAAUACUCCCGCAGAAAGCUGUGAUCCCAAAGUGGUCAAGAUCGGUGCACCAACAGAGUUUACUACUGUUGCUAUUGUUAUCAUUGCUGUUUGCAUGAUGGCGCAGGGGUUUGGGAAAGCCCCUAGACAACCCUACAUUAUCACCUACAUAGACGAUAAUAUACCCAAACGGAACACCGCCUGCUAUUUAGGUAUAAUCACGGCUGUGGGAAUGUUUGGGCCCGGGCUGGGCUUUGGUCUAGGUGCUGUUUUCAGUCAAAUGUAUUUUACCCUGGAAGAGGUUCAGAUCAAUGUACGGGACCCUCGGUGGAUUGGGGCGUGGUGGUUGGGGUUCAUUGUGUUUGGGGCGCUAGCUGUUGUCGUAUCUUUUCCUUUAAUGUGUUUCCCGAAAAGGAUGCCGGGAAGAAAAAAGAAGGAGUUACCAAAGAAAGCGGAAGCUGAGUCAUCCACAAAAAGUGGUUUUAUGGCGGGCGCCAAGGACCUGAUACGGAAGAUAAUCCGGAUCCUAUCUAACGCCCGGUUUACGCUUAAUAUGUUUGCUUCUUGCCUGGUUCUAUUUCUUGUCGGGGGUUUCAUUGCCUUUACACCAAAAUACUUGGAGACUCAAUUUUCUGUUCCAGUGUACUACGCCAAUGCUUUACUAGGUGUGAUAAUACUUGUGACAACGUUUUGUGGGAGUUUAGUAGGAGGUCUCUUGACCACGUUUAAAAAACUCCACCCCUACACAUGUAUCAAGUUGGUAGGAUCCUUUGAUCUAUUCUCCAUCAUCUUUCACGGACUGGGAUUCGUUCUUGGAUGUCAGAACCCUCGCAUUAUUGGGCUGGAUAAUACAGUAGCUAAUUCAACUUGUUUGAAUGCCUGUAACUGUGAUAGUACGGUAUACCUUCCCGUGUGUGGUUCAGAUAAUAGGAAUUACUUGACGCCCUGUCAUGCUGGAUGUGGAAACAGUAUUUCAGGACCAGAGGGCAUUGCCUACACGAACUGCACGUGCAUCGAGGGAGUUGGAACGGCGACCCCCGGGCUGUGUAAGACGGACUGUGAAAUGUUUUGGCCUUUCCUGAUUCUGAGCGCCGUCUACUGUUUAUUUGUCUCCAUCUGCAUUGUUCCCAGCAUCAUGUUCAGUGUCAGAUGUGUGUCUGAUGAGGAUAAAUCCGUCGCUGUAGCUGUGUCCUCUCUUUUCCAGACUAUUCUUGGAUGGAUGAUAGGGCCAAUGAUAACCGGUAAAAUCAUCGAUACUUGCUGCAAACUCUGGAGCUCGAAUUGUUAUGGAAAGGGCGCAUGCGCUUUGUACGACAUAGAAGAUUUUCGUUAUAAAAAAUAUACUGUUGAAAUCAUCGUUAAAUGUGUUGUGGUUGUGCUGAUUGGGGCUGCUAUAUGGAUUUCUAGAAACAGAACAGACUGGAGUACGGAGGAUGACGAGAAAAAUUUCAUUCCGGAGAAAGAGGAACUGAUGGUCGGGGCAGAAAAAGCUCAGGCGAAAUUCGAAAUAAGUGAUCCCAUCGUGAAAAAUAGAAAAUCAUAGGAAUAUUUCGUUUCUUACUUUGGUCAGUUUAAAACUUCAUUUUUUCUAGAACAAUAUGCAUUUAUUGAGGUGGUAUACAUGUAGCCUUAUAUGUUUAUCAAAACGAACUUUUUUAUCAAGAGAUAACCAAACACUAAAAAAUAAAUUGACAGGAGAAUAUAUAUAACAUUAUAAAUAUUAUUGUAAUUACUUAGUAAUUAAACGUGAAGAAGACUUCUCUAACCUGCUGUUGUGAAUUGUCAUCAUUUGUUGGGAGAUUAAUAUUUGCAAACGCAUUUUCGGAAUUUUAUCAUUUCUUUUUUUCAUUUAUUAGUAUUUUGUAUGAGAAAAUUCUUAGCGUUUAGAGAGUAUGUUAAAAUGUUUAUAUACUAAAAUAUCAAAUCAAAGAAAAUGUUAUAAUACCUUUUCUUCGAUAUUCAAUAAUCAGUUAUAAAAGCAUACUAUUAACAAUAUGGUGAAGAAAAUCUAUGCAUAUGUAAUUAUUCAAUGUUAGAAUUAGAGACUCUUUUAAUGUGUAAUUCAUCGCGCACAUGUUUGUAUUUUUAUACUUGAAUAGACUAUAUCAGAAACAUAUAAGUAUUAUUAUUAAUAAUUAUUUA